CAUUUGCUUCGUCGAACGUCUCAAAAAGUAUGGUAUGGUAAUGGAAUCGCUCUAGUUUCUCUCUCUAAUUUCUCUCUCAUUGAAUCCUCCACUCCGAUUCCGAAUCUCUCCCUUCUUCCGGUUCACCUCACUGAGUCAACUCACCCGCCAUUUCCAACAUUUCUCCUUCCUUCUCUCGCUUUCCCUCUUCAUUGCCCCAUUCUCUCUUCUGCUUCAGUCUUCGUUUUCUUUUACUGAUUCGGUGUUUUCUCAAACUGUUGCAGUGACAUCAAGUUUUCUUCUUGUACUUAUUCACCUCCAUUUUGGAACUUCUCCAUUUCGAUGAUUCCCAGGGAGAUUGCUAAAUUACAAAUCUUCCUUUCUUCCCCACUCUUAAUUUUGCCUUUCACUCAUCCCUUUUGAUACGGGACAAUUUUUUUCCUUCGUCGUCCGGGUUAGGGUUUUGUGUCGAAAAUAUGUCGGUUGAUGGGAAGGGGAAGAAGAACAAUAUCGAGAAUUUGGUGUCUGCUACAAGAUCACUGAAGAUUAGCUUAGACAAAUCCAGGGCUCUAGGGUUGGCGUUGCAGAAAGCGGGGCUCAGAUUGGAGGAGAUUAAACAAAGAUUGCCCACUUUGGAAGCUGCUGUGCGACCAAUUCGUGCCGAUAAGGAAGCCCUCGUCGCCGUCGGCGGCCAUAUUAAUCGGGCGGUGGGCCCUGCGGCGGCGGUGCUCAAGGUUUUCGAUGCUGUUCAUGGGCUUGAGAAGUCUCUGUUAUCGGACCCGCGCAACGAUCUCCCUGGUUAUUUGUCGGUGCUGAAGCGGAUGGAAGAGGCAUUGAGAUUCUUGGGAGAUAACUGUGGGCUCGCAAUCCAGUGGCUGGAGGACAUUGUUGAGUAUUUGGAAGACAAUACGGUUGCUGAUGAGCGAUUUCUUGCGAGUUUGAAGAAGUCGCUGAAGAAUCUGAGGGAUUUGCAGAGCGAUGAGGAGAGGACCCGGCUUGAUGGAGGGCUUCUCAAUGCUGCUUUGGAUAAACUAGAGAACGAGUUUAGGCGUCUUCUAAUGGAGCACAGCGUGCCCCUCCCCAUGGCAGCGUCCUCCGCGUCUCUGGGUGAGCAAGCUUGCAUUGCCCCAUCUCCAUUGCCUGUAACUGUUAUUCAGAAAUUGCAAGCCAUCCUAGGGAGAUUGAUUGCUAAUAAAAGACUUGAGAGAUGCAUAUCCAUUUAUGUUGAAGUUCGUAGUUCGAACGUUCGGGCUAGUUUGCAGGCGCUCGAUUUGGAUUACUUGGAGAUAUCGGUUUCUGAAUUCAAUGAUGUGCAGAGCAUUGAGGGGUACAUUGCAAAAUGGGGAAGGCAUUUGGAGUUUGCAGUGAAGCACUUGUUUGAGGCAGAGUUCAAGCUUUGUAAUGAUGUUUUUGAGAGGAUAGGAUUGGAUGUGUGGAUGGGCUGUUUUGCAAAGAUAGCAACUCAAGCAGGUAUUCUUGCAUUUCUUCAAUUUGGGAAAACUGUAACAGAGAGCAAGAACGACCCAAUUAAGCUAUUGAAGUUGUUAGAUAUAUUUGCAUCCUUGAACAAACUGAGACUGGACUUCAAUAGGCUUUUCGGGGGAGCUGCGUGUUCGGAGAUUCAAAACCUGACAAGGGAUCUCAUUAAGCGGGUUAUUGAUGGUGCGGCCGAGAUUUUCUGGGAACUUUUAGUUCAGGUGGAGUUACAGAGGCGAAAUUCUCCACCUUCAGAUGGGGCAGUUCCUAGGUUGGUCAGCUUCAUUAUUGAUUACUGUCAUAAACUGCUGAGCGACGAUUAUCGACCAAUCCUGAUCCAGGCCCUGGUCAUUCACCGGAGUUGGAAAAAAGAAAAGUUCCAAGAGGGUCUUCUUGUCAGUGAGAUUUUGAACCUCGUUAAAGCCAUUGAGCUGAAUUUGGAAACCUGGAUAAAGGCUUAUGAAGAUCCUAUCUUGUCAAAUUUUUUUGCGAUGAACAAUCAUUGGCAUCUAUUUAAGCACCUCAAAGGAACGAAAUUGGGGGAGCUACUCGAACUACGGGAACUAGGUAGAGAUCCUGUAAAGGAACAUGAACAGUACAAGGAUUACCAUGGCGCAGUUUUCUUGAGGGAUAGCUGGAGUAAACUUCCCAGCCAUUUAAGCAGGGAGGGUUUGAUUAUGUUCUCAGGUGGGCGAGCUACUGCCCGCGAUCUUGUGAAGAAACGUUUAAAGACAUUCAACGAAGCUUUCGAGGACAUGUACAAGAAGCAGUCAAACUGGAUUAUAACUGACAAAGAAUUGAGGGAUAAGACAUGCCAACAGAUAGUUCAAACCGUCGUGCCUGUGUAUCGCAGCUAUAUGCAGAAUUAUGGCCCCCUGGUCGAGCAAGACGCGAGUUCCAGUAAGUAUGCAAAAUACACCGUGCAGAAUCUGGAGAAAAUGUUACUGUCCCUUUUUCAGCCAAAGCCACUUAGGUUCAGCAGCCUUCAAGUUAGGCAGACCAGUGGGAAAUUCAGCAAUGGCGCAGCAGAUCAUCGACGAUCCAACUCCAUGGUUAUGUAACCAUCCAAUCCAACCAUUUUUAUGCUGUGUAUAACCUUGGAAGAAGCUGCAUCCUCUUUGAUGGACGACCAGGUUCGAUCCUAUAAUUCCGAAUCGCAGACGUAACACCUUGAACCCGUUUUGUGUAAUCUCUUGAUUUAAUGCAAAGGAGAAAAGCUUUUUCUGAAUGGUGUCAUCAAUCUAAUCUAUUGCUUUUCUCCAACGAAUCAUCGAUGGGGGCUCGGAAACUUUUCAUUAGCCUGCAGUGAGGAAUGAAAUACCGGCUCCCUUGCUCAUGAGGAUCCAUCAAAAGGCUUUGUGGAUGAUAGAAGAUCAGGUUUGUAGAUGAUACUUUUUAAGAUAUAGCUAUUUUUAUUCCAUUUCCCUUCACUCAUUGAUUAAGCAAGCCAGAUGGGCAGCAGAAAUAGUGUAGUUUGUUAGAUUUUUGAGAUUCUUUAACAUUAAACAUAUCAUAUCUAUGUAAUCCAACUUCUUUACUCAUAAUAAUUAGGGAGGAAGAAGAAAUUUUAUUAUAAAUUAAAAGCCAUCAACCCUGUUUUUAAUGCCUGAUAAUUCUAUUUUCUGUCUG